AUGGCUUCUCUAGUCUCACUUCCGAUCGAUUGCAUCAUUCGCAUUUUGCAAAGCUGCGAUAAAUUAUCUCAAGCGAUCGCUCUGUCUUCCACGUGCAAGCACCUACACUCCGUCUACUCCUCGAGUUCGUCUGGUGUAAUUCGUCAUGUGGGACCACGCGAGGUUUUUGCCUUCAAUGAGGCCUUGAUAACAACCCGCGCAACAAGAAUCGUGGUAGAGUAUUUCGACAAAGGACAAUUCCCACCACAGCCUUUCCCACUCGAUUCACUGAGUACCCCCGCAAUUUCCUCGGAAGAUAUCCGACAGGUCUUUGAUUGGGAAUAUCUUAUGAGAUGCAUCGAAGAUAUCUACUUGAACAAUGUGGAGUGGGCUCAACAGAUGUAUGCCGAGCUAGGCAUACCCGACUCCGAACAGCUUUCUCCAGACUGGCUCAUUUGGAAAGAGAAUUUCCGUCGCUCCAUGUAUCAUUUCUUUCUCAUGGGCGGGGCCCUAUGUCGGUUCUACCAGGAGCCUCUUUCGGAGUCUCCCGACCACCUUUUCCAAGACAGAGACAAACGAGUUAAACAACCAGAUGAUGAACCAUUGCUGAAGAGCGAAGAGAUGGCGCAUUUACUGAAAUACUCGGUAUUCAACUUCGAGGAUUACGCUCGCCAUGAGUCCAUCUACAAGGACCUAGCGGAGUUCUUCAAAAAGCAAACAGAGCACCGCCCAUCAACCCUUGACAACCCAGAGUUACUGAAUGCGUACCCAGAGGAUGCCGUCCCUCAACUAGACAGGUGUCAUGCCGAAACCCUCCAUGUGGAGAUGAUCCAAUGCCUUCUUUCAAGUUUAACCUUAUUGGACCACACCGGACAAUCACAAAUAUUCGAAGAACAGGCCGUGACUGUCGAAGAGCCCUCGAAAAAAAUCACAGUUGUCUGUCUAGGGUCAUUCUAUCCCGAAACCAUCGCCUUACCAGACAAUCCGAAGAAUGCACACAAGACUCUUCUUUUGAAAAAGGCUAUAUCCGAAACCAAGGAUUCCGUGUGGCGCUCAUGCUCUCCUUUCAUGAGUCGCAUUCUCGAGAUCAUGCGUGCGUUCUCUGGUCAGCCAAAUCAUUACAAAAAGAAAUACCCCACACCACCCCCUCCCCUGCAGAUAUUCCAGUACAUCAUACGGAAGUAUCUUGGACUCCGAUUCUCAGAGGAUGCAUUUGAGCCAGAGGAUCUUGACGCCCCACAUCAUCUCUUUGUGCAUCAUCUAGAGAUGGGACAUCUUCUUUUGGACGGGUGGCCUGAAGUGGUUCCAACAUUGUUUGACCUGGACGACGGUACCGAAUACGAAGCAUACUACGCAUGCGGCUCCGAUGAUGAGCACUGUGCUAUUGGUUACUGCCAAGAUGGAUACUGCCCUGGAUUAGGAUACAGCACCAAUGGUAAAUGCGGCAAGCAGAACCAUGGUCUGUAUUGCGGUGGAGAGUUCGGAAAAUGCUGCUCGAAUGAUGGGAAAUGCGGCAGCACGGCUGUGGAAUGUGGUACUGGCAAUUGUCAGUCAGGCAAUUGCCAGGGCACUUCAUCUUCAUCGAGUGGCUCAAGUACUGCUAUCAGUACUAGCACAUCAACGCCUCGGCCCAGCCACGCCCCAUUUAGCCCCUCUCCAGAUGGCUCUUGUGGCUAUAAGAAUCAGUAUGUCUGCAAUGGAACAGAUGUUUACUACGGAUAUUGCUGCUCUGCAGCCGGGUACUGCGGCACGGAUCAAUGGCACUGUGACAGUCUGCAGGGAUGCCAAUCUGAAUUUGGAAUGUGCGAUGAGACUGUUGUGGAGACGAAAACCGUGUCCGCUACAUCUACUCCGACUGCCAAAUAG